AUGAAGCUGAACGAGCGCAGCCUGGCUUUCUACGCCACCUGCGAUGCCCCAGCGGACAACACGGGCUUCCUGUACAAAAAGGGCGGGCGGCAUGCCACCUACCACCGCCGCUGGUUUGUGCUGCGAGGCAACAUGCUGUUCUACUUUGAGGACCCGGCCAGCCGCGAGCCCGUGGGCGUCAUCAUCCUGGAGGGCUGCACUGUGGAGCUGGUGGAGGCCGCUGAGGAGUUUGCCUUCGCCGUGCGCUUUGCCGGUGCCCGGGCACGCACCUACGUGCUGGCUGCCGAGAGCCAGGCUGCCAUGGAGGGCUGGGUGAAGGCGCUGUCAAGGGCCAGCUUCGACUACCUGCGGCUUGUGGUACGAGAACUGGAGCAGCAGCUGGCUGCCAUGCGGGCGGGGGCUUGCCCACCGCUGCCCCGCCGGCCCCGGCCCCUCCUGCCCAAGGAGAAUGGCUGUGCUGUCUGGAGCACCGAGCUGCCCGCCAUCCCCACGGCCACCAGCGCCAGUGCCCGGCCCGGCCCCGAGCCGCCGCCACGGCCUCCCCGCCGGCGGACCUCGGCACCUGGCGAGCCUCUCGACAGGGUCUCCUUCGCUCGGCUGCACGAGUGGUACGGACAGGAGAUCCGAGCCCUGAGGGGCCAGUGGCUGCGGGGCCAGGCCCAACCCUGA